GCUGGGCGGGGCCGACGGAAGCCGGGCGGGGCGCUGUCGUGCGAGGCGACUCUGGCGGUGUCUGUCCCUCCGCAGUCAUGGCGGCGGAGCAAGAGGGCUUGAAGGGUGGCGGUAACAACAGUGGCGGCGUCGGGAGGAACCGCGGUGGUGUCCAGCGUGUCGAAGGCAAGCUCCGCGCCAGCGUGGAGAAGGGCGAUUAUUAUGAGGCGCACCAAAUGUACCGAACGCUUUUUUUCAGGUACAUGUCCCAAGGCAAACAUGUGGAAGCAAGAGAACUAAUGUAUUCAGGAGCACUGCUGUUCUUCAGUCAUAAUCAGCAAAACAGUGCUGCUGAUCUGUCCAUGCUAGUUUUAGAGUCACUGGAGAAAUCGGACGCUAAAGUUACCGAUGAGCUCUUAGAAAACCUGGCUAAAGUGUUCAGCCUGAUGGAUCCAAAUUCACCCGAAAGAGUAGCUUUUGUGUCCAGGGCCCUGAAGUGGUCCAGCGGAGGGUCAGGGAAACUCGGGCAUCCAAAAUUGCAUCAGUUGCUCGCCAUCACGUUGUGGAAAGAACAAAACUACUGUGAAUCUCGGUAUCACUUCUUGCACUCCACCGAUGGAGAAGGAUGUGCAAAUAUGUUGGUGGAAUAUUCUUCUUCCAGGGGGUACCGCAGUGAGGCAGACAUGUUUGUAGCUCAGGCGGUCCUACAAUUUCUCUGCUUGAAAAACAAAACCAGCGCAUUAGUAGUUUUUACGACCUACACACAGAAGCACCCUUCUAUAGAAAGGGGGCCUCCUUUUGUCCAGCCCUUGCUGAACUUCAUUUGGUUUCUGCUGCUGGCGGUGGAUGGAGGAAAGCUAACGGUGUUUACAGUAUUGUGUGAACAGUAUCAGCCUUCACUGAAGAGGGAUCCCAUGUAUAAUGAAUACCUAGACAGAAUAGGACAGCUUUUCUUCGGCGUCCCCCCCAAACAAACAUCAUCCUACGGAGGAUUAUUAGGCAAUCUUUUAAAUAGCCUGAUGGUCGCAGGGGAGGAGGAGGAUACAGAAGAUGGUCAUGAGGACAGCAGUCCCAUUGAACUCGAUUGAUGUCUUCCAGAACUGCCAGGAUUCUUGACAGCACGCUUGCUCAAAAAAAGACACUUUGAGGACAGAUCCCAAGAUCGUUUCUCAAGAGGUCAAAGGGCUCCUCCAUUCAGUUUUUUAAAAGAAGGUUGCUGAGAUGUUCAUAAUGUUUUGGUCUAUAUUAUUUAUGUAAAAACAACAGUGGCAUAGCCAAGAGACCUGAUUUGGUGUGAUUAUUAGUGGACCUCUGAUACGCUGGCCAGUGACGGACUGAUAUCAGCCGCCUCCCAAGAUUUCUAUAAGCAGUGUUCAGUAUCCCUUCUUUUACCAUCACACUAAAUAAAAUCAGAACAUGGAAUCUGUUGCUAUACACACACACUCACAGAUUUAAAACUCUGCAUUUUUUUAGUUACCAAAUUAAGUACUUGGAUAGCACAAAGGAACAUCUUAAAAGGCAGGAUCAGAAUUGCUGGAGAGGUGCCCCAAAGCUUGUCAAGGUGAGCCGGAGUAGAACCAGCUUCUUGCAAAACAAAUUCCUUUUCUUUGUAGAAAGAUUCAUUGUGAAAUCCCGAAAGAUUUUGGAUAGCACAUGAGUUGCCAACAAAUUCUAACACUUCAGGGUCUCUUUGUCCAUGGUACAAGUCUCUUAACAGCCUGGGUUUGGAGCAGAAUGUCUCUUCAUUUAGUGGUACUCCCAUUUAGGUGUCUGGGGGCUAAAACACCUCUUGUUCCCCAAGCAGGUGGUUUUAGUUUCUGUGAUGGUUUGGUGGUCUUGCCCACAGCCCAGCCAAAACACUACACUUCAGCUGGAAACAGCUUGCAAAGAUUUGGAACAGAGUGCUCCUUAAAUGAAAAGGACGCUGCGGACUUCUGGGUUCUGUCUCGGUUGAUAUUUAUUUUUUAUUAGAUGAUUUAUUGACUCAUUUAACUUUAUGUAAAAACAAAAUACAGAAGAACAAACUUGCAAGUAACUGCAGAUCACAUGCUAGGCUUAAUAUAAUUCUACAUCUUGUCUCAUUUGGUGCACAACACCAGAUGUUAGUGGUAUGAUUAAAAAAUGAAAUGGAGGGGGGACACUUUAUUUUUUCACAGUGAUCAUGCAUGAGGAGAAUAAUGCAUUUUUAUUUACUGUAAAAAAACAAAAAGUAUGAAUUUGUGUUAAUUGUCAAGUAUUAAAUAAAUACUUUAUACUGGGA